ACAACACAACACCACGGUGACAGCACAACGCUGCCACUCAAAGUGGAGGCAGGCUCCUGGCUGACUCCCAAGACUCUGGUCAGGGCCUCAAGACACUCCGCCACUCCAGCAUUUUCCUCUAUAGAGCAAAACAAUUAACCAGAAUCUAACAAGCCAACCCAUCCGCCUUCAGCGCCUUCAGGACACUAUAGGUUCUGGCACCAUCAAAUCCCAGAACAACAAGAAGAACGUGCUGCUGGCUUGGCCGGACGCAUGUUGGUGAAGAUGUGGAGUGAUGAGCCAUUGGUGCUGUGACUCCUUUUGAUGAGGCUUUGAUAAUCUCUCCACUGCAAUGAGAGGGUGGUGGAGCUUCAAUGGAGCAUUGAACAACACCUACAUUAUUUGUUCAGUUAUAGUGUUGCUAAUAGCAGCUGGGACAUGUGGAGAAUAUACUUAUGUUACCAACUGCUCUUCCUUGCUGCCUGGCCAGUACCAGUGCAACGAGCUGAACAUUGAUCCCCAGACUCAGCAGCUGAAGGGCUGCACCAAGGAGGGCCGUGCUCGCAUCCCCUGCACCUCGGCCAGUGGGAUCAUUUGUAUAGAAACUAACAAUGGAACAUUCGAGCGUGAAGUGCCUUGCAAAUUCACCAACGGCUACUCUUACGAGACGGCUCUGCUCCUCUCCGUGUUCCUGGGCAUGUUUGGCAUUGACCGGAUCUAUCUGGGGUACUAUGCUGUUGGCCUGGCCAAGUUCUGUACCCUGGGAUUCCUCUUCCUUGGCCAGCUGAUCGACAUCAUCCUCAUAGCCACCCAGACCAUUGGGCCGGCUGACGGCUCACACUAUGUCAUCAGCUACUUUGGGGCCGGCAUCUCCGUGCUACGGAUGGACAACACCACCUACAGGAUGCCCCAGGACGAUUGGGUCAUUGAUCUGCCUCCUAAGGAACUUUAGUACUUGUUGUGAGGUUAUGUGAGGAUUAUGAAAGUGUGUGUGAUGAUGCAUUAAAGUUUAGGGGACACUUUUUAUGUUUGUUUUGUUUAUUUUUCAUGUUCCCUUCAUAAUCACUCAGGAUUUUAAGGAUGAUCUCGGUUCUGGACUGAGAUGCUGUUUCUUGUGAGGUUUUCUUGAUGAAAGUUUAAUUUUAUUAGUUUUUGAGAGCUUGUAAAUUUGCAUAGGAAUUGAAGAUUAUAAGGAAGGAAUUAUGUUAGUGAUUAUUUUAGGUUGUUUACUUAUGAAAAGACAAACCAAAAGCAAGUUUUCUGAUGUUUGAAAGUGUAACUCAGUGAAAACUGUUGACAUAAUGCUGAAAUAUACUCAAAUUUGUUAUCCGCUGUUGUAACUGAAUAUUCGUGGAAGUUUUAGCAACAUCUUGCACUUUUUUACAAUUAUCUUCAUUACUAUCAUCAUCAUCAUCAUCAUCAUCAUCAUUGUCAUGAUCAUCAUCAUCAUAGAUUUCUUACUUACCUCUUGGUCUCCAGCAAGUGAUGGCUUUAUCAAAAAUACUUCCUGGAUACUCUGACCAACACUGCAUUAUGGCAUCUCUCCAUAGGUACAUUAUAUUCCCUCCCUUUUUCUUUCCUCACAUUAAUGAUAUCUUUGUGUGUGUGUGUGUGUGUGUGCACCAUUCAAACGACUCCCUCAACACUCAACAGUGCCAGGCUCUCAGCGGUCUUUGCCAUCAGCAUACAUUAACAUUUCCCAUUACAGUCAUUCCAGUCAUCAUGGUCAUGUGUACAUCUAAGCAAGAGGCAAGCUGGGUAUCAUGUUGAGUAUGGUAUCUUCAAGUGAGAUCACUCUAAUGCCAAGAAGAGUUGGUAAUCACAACACUUUUUAUCUUGAUUCAGUAAUCUGACAUUUUUUGUAUUAAACAUUUCUGACCAUGCAUGUAAUUUAAGUGCUUCCAUUUGCUGGUUCAGUGGUACAUGCUAUUUAAGUGACAGAUCAUUAUUGUAUCAUAAAGUUGUAUGAAAGCCUCUUCUGUACUGACUAGUUCAUCAUGUUGUUUCAGUAACUGGAAAAAUAUUGAUGUACUGUAUAUGCAUAUUUGUGUGUUCCAGGUUUAACUAGCUCCUAGGUAUUCAUUUCUUAUGUUGCCUGAGUUGUAAGUCUUUAACAUUAAAAAAUAAGAAUUUGUGUAUUAUUGACAGUCUGAAUAAAAAAAAUAAAAUAAAA